AUGGCGACCCUCUCCCUCCUCGAGCGCGUCUCCCUCCUCCGCGACCCUCCCAAACCUCGGGGCCGCCCGCCAUGGAAGAGCCCCUCGAGCCCUCGUCUCCCGAUCGUCCCGUUCCCCUCCUCCCUCCGCGUCUCCUGCGCUCGAUCAUCUCCGCCGCCGCCGCCGGCGACGACGACGACGACGACGGCGGCAUACCCGGAUCCCGCCACCAACCCCCUCGACGCGCUCGCUAGGGCGCUCGCCGACGCCGCGCGGCGCCUCAGGGGCCCCGCGGUGGCCGCAGUGCUCAUCGGCGCCCUCGUCGUCGGCGACCCCUUCGCCGCUCUCGCCGCCCCCUCCGGUGGACGGGUCGGAGGGUCGGCGUUCUCUUCGUCGUCGCGGUCGCGGUCUUAUUCUCCUUCUCAAUCCCGCUCUUCUUCUUCGUGGAGCUAUUAUGCGGCCCCUUCAGCGCCGUUCUAUUCUUCCUCCCCGUUCGUGUCGGUCGGGCCGGCCGUCGGCGUGGGGUUUGGGGCCGGCUCCGGGUUUCUCGUCAUCAUGAUGGGCUUUGCGGCGUUUCUGUUGGUCGGAGGGAUUCUUUCCGACUGGUCCGGCAGCGCAAGUGUUCUUACGGAGACGCAGAAGACGACUGUAAUUAAGCUUCAGGUUGGCUUGUUGGGCAUGGCUCGAUCAUUUCAAAGAGAACUUGAUCGAAUUGCUGAGAGUGCAGAUACAUCCACCCCAGAAGGGUUAAAUUAUGUCCUACAAGAGACGGUGUUGGCUUUGCUUCGACAUCCAGAUUGCUGUAUCUCUGCCUACUCAUAUGUUGAUGUAAAAAGAAGUAUAGAAAGCGGUGAGAAACGUUUCAGUCAACUUUCGAUUGAGGAGCGUGGCAAAUUUGAUGAAGAGACCCUUGUGAAUGUAAACAGCAUCAAGAGGCAUAAAACGACUAGCCAGAAAGCAAGUGGUUUUAGCAACGAGUAUAUUGUGGUCACAAUUCUGGUCGCUGCCGAAGGUGUACACAAGCUACCUGUUAUCAAUAGCAGUGCGGACUUGAAGGAGGCACUGCAAAAGCUUGGCUCGAUUCCUCCCAGCAAAACCCUGGCUGUCGAGGUCCUCUGGACUCCUCAGAACGAGAACGACACGCUGUCGGAGAGGGAACUCCUUGAAGACUAUCCCCUAUUGAGGCCCUUGUAACGGCAACUCGGCAAGCAUUGGUCCACUUUCCAUGGUCCAUCCAUAUUUCUAAAAGAAUAUGUGCAUACAUAAUCUCAACACAGAUAAACGAAUUUGGCGCUAGGGCACGAUAAAGUUUGUUCAUUUCACAGUCGUGUUGUAAGUUGUAACCCCAAUGUGUUCGGUCGAGUGGGUCGUGGCAGUUUUGAUUCAUUGGCGAUAGAACCUAAAUACUACAGCUUUUUUUUUUUUUUUUCUCCUUUUUUGGUUUGGGUCCAUGUGAAAGACUACCAGAAUAUGAAGGUGUAUAAAAGUACCAAAAUUUUGAUACUUAUAUUUCAAUUUGGAUGAUGAGGCAUCAACAUUGACAA